AUGGACUUCAGUAAAAUCAACUUAAGUAGUUAUGUGCCAGCAAUGCCUUAUAAAGUUCGUGAACUAUUAGACAAAGCAACAAAUAUGGUUAUGAAUUAUACAGAAACAGAAGCAAAAGUUGUAGAAGCAACUAAUGAUGAGCCUUGGGGACCAUCAGGUAAAUUAUUACAAGAACUUUCUCAAUUAUCAUAUUCAUAUGAACAUUUUACUGAGUUAAUGGGUAUGCUUUGGAAACGAUGUUUUGGACAAGAAAAAAAAUUUUGGCGACGAACAUACAAAUCAUUACUUGUUUUAAUCUAUCUAAUAAAAAAUGGUAGUGAUAAAGUGGUAACAUCAGCUCGGGAACAUCUGUAUGAUUUAAAAAGUCUGGAAAGUUAUUCUCAUCAUGAUGAACAAGGCAAAGAUCAAGGCAUUAAUGUACGACAUAAAAUAAAAGAAAUAGUUGAAUUUAUACAAGAUGAUGAUCGACUUCGAGAAGAACGUAAGAAAGCGAAAACGAAUCGAGAUAAAUAUGUUGGUGUUGGCAGUAAUACAUCAACUACUCGUUAUGGUGAUAGUUGGAAUGAUUAUGAUGAUUCAAAUAGUGCCAGUGGAAGUAAUGGUCGUUGGCGUUCAACAAAUCCAUCAAUAUUUGAAGAAGGUUUUAAUAAAGCUGAAGAUUUAGCACAUAAAAUGAAAGAAUUAGUACUUGAUCAACGACGUCCAUCUCAUGAAUAUUCACCGGAUGUGAGUCUAACUGGUUUAGGACAUGUGCCCGAAUAA